AUGAAUCAUCAUCGGAAAAAACAUCGUAACUAUCGCAAUAGACCACAGCAAAGAAGGUCUAAUCACGACAGCACACCUGAGAGAAUAGACCUUCAGUUUGACCAGCGUGCACAUUCAUCGAUCACCUCUAAUCAACGGACGCAACAAACUGGCGUCAAUUACGCUGGUUUGAAUAGAGAAGAUACUUCAACAAAUUCUCUGGUACCACGGCAAAUUCCAGGCUACUAUUACGACCAGGAACGGAAAAGAUACUUUAGAAUUCUUCCUAGUUCCGUAACAAGCAGUUCACAUCCGUACAGUGCAGAUUCUAUACGCACAAAACUGAAGAAUGAGAGAAAGGCAAGUCGGCAACAAGCUUGUACCAGUGCAAAGCCAAUUCGCUUUCAGAAUGCAGCUGUCAAUUUGGCCAAUCGCGAAAUUUUUCCUAGUCCAGCAUAA